AUGGACCAAGAGAGCCUUGAGGAGCUGUGGGUGGUAGAGAGCGCCGAAUCUUGGCCUCGAUACCCAGUCAAGGUCAGACGCCAGUGGAAUAAGGAGCGUUCAGUGUCCACAGGAGAAGAGAACACAGUCAGCUGGGAGAGGCAGAGAGCAAAGGGGAAGCAGAUGGAGCCUAGGAAGCCUGUGGGCAAAGGCCACGUGCGGCAGGGCUUCGUCCUGGCGGAGCGGGAGAGCUCGGUAAUUUCCCCACGCACUCUUUCUCCAGAGGCCCUGCACCGGCCCUACGGGUGGGAUGUUGAGCCCCAGGCCCUGAACGAAGCCAUCAGAUGGAGUUCCAAGGAGAACCUGCUUGGAGCCACCGAGAGCGAUCCCAAUCUCUUUGUUGCACUUUACGAUUUUGUAGCAAGCGGUGACAACACGCUCAGCAUCACCAAAGGGGAGAAGUUGCGAGUCCUGGGUUAUAACCAGAAUGGUGAAUGGAGCGAGGUACGUUCAAAGAACGGGCAGGGCUGGGUACCAAGCAACUACAUCACCCCAGUGAACAGCCUGGAAAAGCACUCGUGGUAUCAUGGGCCGGUGUCGCGCAGUGCAGCCGAGUAUCUGCUGAGCAGCCUCAUCAACGGCAGCUUCCUGGUCCGUGAAAGUGAGAGCAGCCCGGGGCAGCUUUCCAUCUCGCUCAGGUACGAAGGACGUGUUUACCACUACAGGAUCAAUACCACCUCGGAUGGAAAGGUAAGCUUCUGUGCCGAGAGGGAAGCAGGAGCAGAUGGCCUGGUGACAACUCUGCAUUACCCAGCACCCAAGUGCAAUAAGCCCACAGUCUACGGCGUGUCCCCCAUACACGACAAGUGGGAGAUGGAGCGAACCGAUAUCACCAUGAAGCAUAAACUUGGGGGAGGGCAGUAUGGCGAGGUGUAUGUUGGCGUCUGGAAAAAAUACAAUCUCACAGUUGCUGUGAAAACACUAAAGGAAGAUACCAUGGAGGUGGAAGAGUUCUUGAAAGAAGCUGCUGUAAUGAAGGAAAUCAAACACCCAAACCUAGUGCAGUUAUUAGGUGUGUGUACCCUGGAGCCACCCUUUUACAUCGUGACGGAGUACAUGCCGUAUGGGAACCUGCUAGACUAUCUGCGAGAGUGCAACCGGGAAGAAGUGAGUGCUGUCGUGCUGCUUUACAUGGCCACACAGAUCUCCUCGGCUAUGGAAUAUCUAGAGAAGAAAAACUUCAUUCACAGGGACCUGGCAGCCCGAAAUUGCUUAGUUGGAGAAAAUCAUGUGGUGAAGGUGGCUGAUUUUGGCUUAAGCCGACUUAUGACCGGAGAUACCUACACAGCUCAUGCUGGAGCCAAGUUCCCAAUCAAGUGGACAGCCCCGGAGAGCCUGGCCUAUAACACCUUCUCGAUCAAAUCAGACGUGUGGGCCUUUGGGGUGCUCUUAUGGGAAAUUGCCACCUAUGGGAUGUCACCGUACCCAGGCAUUGACCUGUCCCAGGUGUAUGAUCUGCUGGAGAAGGGCUAUCGGAUGGAACAACCUGAGGGGUGCCCUCCGAAGGUUUAUGAACUGAUGAGGGCAUGUUGGAAGUGGAAUCCACCAGACAGACCUUCCUUUGCUGAGACCCACCAGGCCUUUGAGACCAUGUUCCACGACUCCAGCAUCUCUGAGGAGGUAGCAGAGGAGCUUGGAAGAACAGCCUCCUCCUCAUCCAUAGUUCCCUACUUGCCCCGGUUGCCCAUGCUUCCCUCCAAGACUAGAACACUGAAGAAACAGGCAGAGAACAAGGAGAAUAUUGAAGGAACACAGGACUCUGUGGAGCACUCAGCCUCCAGCUCAGCACCAGGUUUUAUCAGGAGCAGCCAGGCCCCAAGCGGGUCCCCUGCGCUGCCUCGCAAGCAGAGGGACAAGUCCCCCAGCAGCCUGCUGGAGGAUGCCAAGGAGACCACGUUCACCAGGGACAGGAAAGGUGGCUUCUUCAGCUCCUUCAUGAAGAAGAGGAACGCGCCCACGCCGCCGAAGCGCAGCAGCUCCUUCCGGGAGAUGGAGAAUCAGCCCCACAAGAAAUACGAGCUAACGGGUAACUUUUCCUCCGUUGCUUCCUUGCAGCACGUGGACGGGUUCGCUUUUGCUGCCGCGCAGCAGGAUGCCAGCCUGGCGCCACCGAAGUGCUUUGGUGUGGCCUUUGUGCCGAGGACCUUCUACAGCGAGGACAGCAGUGGUGCCAGUGGUGGCGGGGGCAUGAGCGCUGGUGGCGGGUGGUCGGGCAUCACAGGUUUCUUUACACCACGCUUGAUUAAAAAGACGCUGGGUUUACGAGCAGGAAAACCCACUGGCAGUGAAGAAGCGUCAAAGCCUUUUCCAAGGUCAAACUCUACAUCUUCCAUGUCCUCAGGGCUUCCAGAGCAGGAUAGGAUGGCAAUGACCCUUCCCAGAAAUUCCCAGAGGUCAAAAAUCCAGCUGGAACGGACAGUGUCCACCUCCUCUCAGCCAGAUGAGAGCACAGGGAGGGCCAGUGACCUGCUUUCCAAAAGGUUUGAAGAAGGCCCUGCUUUGACCAGAGAGAGACCAAAAGCAAAACUCUUGCCGCGAGGCGCUGCGGCUCUCCCCUUCCGAACGCCCUCUGCCUCAGAGGAGAAGGAGGGUCCAGGGCUGGCAACAGCUCCUAAGAGUAAAGAAAAAAACACUGGCCCACGGCAGGGGCCCCCCGAGGAUGGUGAGAGGCCAGGGUGGUCGUCGCCAGGAAAGGCCGCAGCAAUACUUCCAACCACUCACAACCACAAAGUGCCAGUCCUGAUCUCACCCACGCUAAAACACAGUCCAGCCGAUGUGCAGCUUAUUGGCACAGACUCUCAGGGUAAUAAAUUUAAGCUCUUAUCGGAGCAUCAGGUCACUUCUUCCGGUGACAGGGACCGGCCCAGACGGGUAAAACCAAAGUGCGCUCCGCCGCAGGCCGCCGAGAGGAUCCCAGCAGACAAGAUCAGCAAGGAGGCACUGCUGGAGUGCGCGGACCUGCUCUCGAGUGCCAUCGCAGAGCCGACGCCGAACAGCCAGCUGGUGGACACGGGGCACCAGCUGCUGGAUUACUGCUCAGGCUACGUGGACUGCAUCCCGCAGACACGCAACAAGUUUGCCUUCCGCGAAGCCGUGAGCAAACUGGAACUCAGCCUGCAGGAGCUGCAGGUGUCCUCAGCAGCUGCUAGCGUCCCCGGGGCCAACCCUGUCCUUAAUAACUUAUUGUCAUGUGUCCAAGAAAUCAGCGAUGUGGUGCAAAGGUAGCUACUGUCAGUCUGGGUAAGAGGAGCACACUUGGGGGGGGAGGCGGGUCUUUUUCUGUACUGAUGCUUUCAAAAGGAAAGACUGAUACUUGAGUAUGUGAAGUACCUCAGAUCACUGAGUUCUCCUCACGUUUACAGGUUCAUCUCAAAAAUGGGGUGGGAGGGGGUGGAUUCGGGCUGCACGGG